UCGUCAGCGGUCACACCUCUGAGGUGGUGGGUGUAGGCUUCCUCAGUUGCAACAAUACUCCCACAUACAACAUCUGAGAUUCAUGCGCGCGGGUACCGAUGUCCUUGUUGAUUCGGACCAAGAGAGCGUGGCGUCGAUUUCAUCUGCUGUAGAGGAGCGUCUUCUUCGGAGUCCACAACCUAUCGUCAGCACCUCUAAGGUUGCGAAGCGGGGCACGUUGGGCCUAAAGGAAAAAGCCAAAUACAAGGCGGCAGUCCGCAUUCAGGCGCGGUUCGGCGGCAGAGCAAAUCUGUCUGUUCAAGACAAGGAGAAGCUUGCCUGGGCCGACGCUUAUUUGCGUGAUAAUCGCACCAACUUCUUAAAAAUCAUGCAAGUGCAGAGCGGUUUCACCGUGCCUGCCAAUCCAAAGGUGGAGUCCAUGACAAGCAAGCGUCAGCGGUCUGCUGAGGGUCCCAAACAAGGGGCUCCAGUAAGAAAAAAGCAGCGAACGCCUGGGCCACCCAAGCCAGAAGAAAAUACGUACAAUACUCCGAGACAAAACCUGAGAGCAACAGUUUCAGAAACUGCCAGGCGGCAUCUGGAGGUUGCUCUCAUCGACAGAGGAAACUCUAACGGAAAAAUGUCCUCAGAUCGGUGGCAGUUGACCCAUGCCAAGCUGGUCGACGCACUUUUCGUCAGGAUGGAGAACGCCCCAGACAGCCCAACAGCCCAAUGCCGACAUUCAAAGGCGCGGGUUGGCUCAACGGUGUCAAAAUCCUAACAUGCCAGGAUGUCCCAACGUUGCUCUGGCUUAAGAAAACCGUCCCCAAACUGGACGGCUUAUGGGAAGGAGCUAACCUGGACGUUGUAGAUAGGAAUAGCAUUCCAUCCAUGCCGAAAGCUAAAGUCCUCUUUCCUGUCGUAGUUCAAGGAGAGCGAGCACUUCAGUUGCUUAAGAAGCAGAACCCGGCCAUUCCGACGACUGAUUGGUCCGUGCUGAAGAUCGAUGAACCUUUACCAAAUAAUGGCGGACAGCACAUGAUCCUUCAGAUCAACAAGGAGGCCGAUGACAUUCUUUAUAAACGCAACGGAAAAAUGGCGUGGGGCGUAGGGAGCGUGUACCUACGUCUCAAAAAACGUCAUCCUACUGACAAGGACACACACACGUUGAGGUCAGGGGAAGUUGAGGCAGAUCUCGGUAUAGAGAGCAUGACCGACGCCACACUGCAUCUCAACUUAACUGACAAGUUGGUGGAGGAGAGGGAGGACCUGUUUGUGCAGACGGACCACACUGCGAGUGUGCAAACCUCUAAUGAGUGUGCUGCAACUCAACCACUACAAGUCUGAAACGGCUUUGGCGGAGUACUUCCUCGCCCUUGAGCCGCUUACGCAGCUUUGAUCCAGGAACCGUAAAUUGCGUCGGAUUACUAGGUUCCCAGCCUAGAAUCGCCUAACUCUUCAUCCCGACAACGCACUGACGAUUUAACUGUUGUUUCCUGGAGAGCUGAGAGGGAUGUAUUCCGCUAAGAUUCUUUUACAACAAACCUGGUCCUUCGGUAUUAAUGGGAGAGGUCUGAUUCUCCAAGAAACAGCUGGUCAUCGGCCUGGACGACCCCGCCCACUAUAUCGUUGUGGGUAGGCCAGACAUCAAUAAAAGGGGUCUCCGUAAUUGAUUGUAUCCUAGACAAUA